CUGACCAUCCCCGCAUCCUGCCUGCCACCCUCACUUCUGAGCGCCUCCUACUCUCACUUCCUCCAGUUACGUCCCAGCCAACCGGGAGUAUUCUCGCUGCUGGAAUACAUUAAAUUGCAGCGGUGUGGGUAGAGCGCGCCCUGAAUGCCAUUCACACAUCCCGCGCGCAGGGGAGCUCGGUCACCGUCAGAAUCAUCGGCGGAUCUCCGUGCGCUCUGCGUGCGCCCCGAGCGCACUAGAACCGUCUCCAAUCAAACACUGCACGAGUUAGAGGACGGCUGCUUACCCCGCUUCAGUGGACUUUGCUCAUUUGUUCAUUAGGAAGACGCGUUAAAAUAAUUAGCACACCUGGAAGAGCCGAGUCUCUUAAGUCUCACAUCAGCGACUCACUUGGAGAGGACUCACAGAAGCCUCGCUUCUGACCGUCUUGGGAGGUUUUCAGCUGGAAACAUAACGCAUUUUUUUUAAGGGAGGAGGAGAUCAGGCUUCAGCUGUUUAGUUCAACUUGCGCAGUCUUUUUUUCUUCUUUUUUUCGUUUUUUUGCGCGCAACCUUUCUCCAAUGCCCCCCGGUGUAUGCGCACAGCAGAACAGAACUUCACGAUCCUAUGAGGGGAUUUUGCGGAGAUUGAUUCCGAGCAGUCACGGACCAAAAAGACUUACAGAAUAAGGACUCAUUAGGAGUGCAAGGAGAAUGAAGAGUCACCGGGGCCGGGGCAAACACCAUGAGUGGCCCGUGGACCUCCACUAGACUGACGGCCCUCAUGUUUCUAUGGAAGUGGUUGACAUUAAGCCUGCUCCUAAGCUGGUUGUCAGGGGGGGCCAGUGCCGCGGACUCUGCCGGCGCUGGCUUCAGUGGCUCAAAUGGACCCCUGGGCUGGCUCCUGUCGGAGAAGGGUCCUUUUCACAACUCGCAGGAGUUUGUUGAUUUCACAGAGCGCUACCAGCAGGGAUUCACCACCAAGUACAAAAUAUACAGGGAAUUUGGCCGUUGGAAGGUGAACAGCUUGGCCCUGGAGAGACAAGAAAACAAUGGCUUUUCGUUGCCGCUGGACCCAGAGUUCCUCCAGACCAUUAGGCAGCUGGGCAGGAGGCCCAGUCUCAGGGCCAUCACUGACAACCUCAUCAGGAAAUACGGAACCCACUUCCUGCUCUCCGCAAUGCUGGGAGGGGAAGAGUCCUUAAUGAUCUUUGUGGACAAGAGAAAGUUGAGUCGGACGUCUGAAGCCAGUGAAUCCAACGGCACAGCUGUGACGCUGGAAGCUCUGCACCAGCUGGCUGCCUCCUACUUCAUUGACAGAGAGAGCACCUUGCACAAGCUGCACCACAUCCAGAUCGCUUCCACUGCCAUCAAGGUAAACGCUUUCUUCUCCACUGGGCUUCUCUUGAAGACAAUAACACAAUUAGUUUAUGCCAG